AUGCCUCUACUCCGCCAGGUGAUUGUGUACCCGCGAAAAAGUCGCUGCAGAAGACCGUCAGUUUUCUGCUUCGAGGACUGGCCCUCCGCCCACGGCCGCGCCUACUACAGCGUGUUCGUGAUCGUGGUGCAGUACUGCUUGCCGAUCCUCACGCUGAGCAUCGCCCACGCCCGGAUCUGCAACAAGUCAAGUACCGCAUGGCCCAAAAGCUCCACCGCCCCCUCCUCGCGCUGCCGGAAGAAGGGCGGACGCAUGAGGAGGACCAACACCCUCCUGGUCUCCAUCGCCCUCUCUUCUGUUCUCGUGGCUGCCCCUCACCUCUUUCAACGUCGUCGCGACCUCCACAACCCCUUCGGCGACGACACGGAGUCCAUGCUGAUCGUGUACUCCGUCUGCCACAUGGCCGGGAUGUCGUCGGCCUGCUCGAACCCCUGCUCUACGGCUGGCCAACGAAACUUCCGCAAGGAGUUCCUGGAGUCUUCGCUCUGCUGUGCCCCUUCUGCCCCUCCAUCGUCAACGCCUCCGCCCGCAUGA